UUUUUUCAGUUCCUUCAUUGCCUGUUAAGUCGCUCGACGAAGUACAAAAGAUUAACUUUGAUAUAAAAAUCUGGCCCAUUCUAGGAUUCUACGUGUAUAGCGUGUGUCGUGCUAGGCGAUCAGAGAGACAAAUAUUUAAAUUAACUUAAAUCCGCCAAAUCAGUUCUAUCCAAUGAACUCUUCUCCAUCAAUAAUAAUUAUUUAGCGGACAACCUUUUUCACUUCUGUAUAUAAUCUUGGCCAUAAUAAAAAUGUAUUUAAUUUUCUUAAAUAUCAGCAGUAUUAUUUCAACAGAUACUACCGGAGAAACUUAGAUUUAAACUACUUGGGAAUACUUUUAAGUGCCACUGGAAGACACCUAUCACGUAACAUUAAAUGCUUUUUCAGAGUUAAAGUCUGUUUCUAAAAUUCACGCUAAUACGCUUAUGUUUUGUUAACUUAGGUGAUUAAUAACUUAGAUAUCGUACCGUGAUCUAGAUGUACCAGAUAUUUCUCAAUUUCAUAUCAAUGAUCCUCAAAAUUAAUUGUUCGGUGUUAUUUAUUUGAGUGAUUCCUAUCCACAGAGUGUUUGAAAUGAUUUGUUUCCUAGUGGUUUGCGUUAUUUCUUGCUACUUAAUCAUCAGACUUGUUCAGAGAUAUGUUGCGGUGUCUAGACAGCUGCAUUUUACAGAAAAGAUGCCAGGUCCACCGCUGGAGAGUAAAAUUCUAGGACAUGUAGAAGAAACAAUGUGUCCUCCUGAAGAUAUGCCAACAAUGGUUUAUGCAAGGUAUAAGGAGUAUGGUAGCUUGUUCCGUAUUUGGAUAGGCGGCUUUCCCCUAGUUUUUAUUGCAGAGGGAAAAUAUGCUGAGGUAUUAUUCACAUCAGAAUGUACCGAAAUCAAACCUGAAUUUUACCGCUUACUUCACGAAUGGCUGGGGCUUGGACUCCUCACCAGCAGCGGUCCGCUGUGGCAACAACGCAGGAAACUCACAAAUCCUGCUUUUCACUUUUCAAUUUUGAACGACUCCUGCGAAGUGUUCAUCAGCAACACGCUGACACUCAUCGAUCAAUUACAUCAGAAUCCGGACGGAACAUUUGUCAAUGUGAUGACGCAGAUGAAACUCGUUGCCUUGGACAAUAUCUGUGAAACUGCUAUGGGAAUCAAAAUUGACGCUUUGAAGAAUCCCAACCACAACUACAUUCGGGCUGUUGAGGAUACCAGCACAAUGGUAAUGACCAGAAUGACGAAACCCUGGCUAUGGAAUGAAGUGCUUUUUUUCCUGUCACCAACUGGGCGAAAACACUGGCUGGAUUUGAGCACGAUUUUUGAGCUUACCGAUAUGGCAAUCAAAAACAGGCGGUGUAUGAGAGAGGAUAAAGGAAAUCAUUUAGAACGAGAAAGCGAGGAGUUUGAGGGGUCUCGAAAAAUGGCUUUCCUUGACCUUUUACUGGAAGCAUGCGAAAAAAACUCCGUCAGUUUGUCGGAUGAAGAUUUGAGAGAUGAAGUUAAUACUUUUAUGUUUGAGGGUCAUGAUACAACUGCUGUUUCGAUGGGUUACACAUUAUUUCUUUUGGGUAACCACCCAGAGAUACAGGAUAAGUGUCACCAAGAACUUGACGAUAUUUUUCAAGGUUCAAAGAGAAAGCCCACGAUGGGAGAUCUACAAAAAAUGAAGUACCUCGAGCAAGUAAUAAAAGAAAGUCUGCGUUUAUUUCCUAGUGUUCCUAUGCUCGGAAGAGAGGUUGCAGAAGAUAUGCAAGUAGGCAAUUACACCGUUCCAAAAGGAGCCCUUUUAGGCAUUAAUUUGUACAACCUCCACCGAGACCCGAAGGUGUUUCCGGAUCCGGAUAAGUUUGAUCCGGAUCAUUUCAGUCCGGAAAAAAGUGCGGGUCGCCAUCCUUACGCCUACGUUCCGUUCGCUGCAGGGCCCAGGAACUGCAUAGGUCAGAAAUUUGCACUGAUGGAAGAAAAAGUGGUUCUAUCAUAUAUUUUGCGAGAUUUUCAACUAGAGUCAGAACAUGGGCUCAAAGACCUGAAGAUUAGUUUUGCCCUCAUCAUUCGAUCUCAAGAAGACCUGAAUGUUAAAUUCACGAGACGAAAAUCAUGUCAGAGUCAUGGAAGCUGACAGUGAAUAAGAGGAAUUUUAAAUGGAACCGGAAGCGUUUUAAAAUGGAAGUUCCUGGUGUAAUUCUUCGUUAAACUUCAAAAUUGCCUCGAAAUGUCACGAUUAAACGGUCUUCUAAUUUACUACUCAUGGCAGUGAGUAAAAUGCGUGACUGAAAGGCAUUCCAUAUCAUAUGCGCAUUAUGAUAGGUUGAAGAGAGGUUUACCAAUUUUUUUUCUCUUUGAGUGAUGGUGAUAAUGUUGGAUUUUUUUUUACAGGAGAAAUUAUUUAAGCUCUAAGAGAGAAGACUAGAGAGCGAGAGGGAAAGGGGAAAUGUAAGAUUCAAGACUCUAUUAUGCCAAAAAAAGAAGAGCCUACUGGCACGGGGGGCUUAAAGGUGAGCAUCCCCUAAAUUUUGACCUAAAAUGCCUCAAACAAACUCAUUUAGACACAAUUGAUCGGACCAGUACGGCACUUCCGGAUUAUUUCGCAAAAUAUCUCGAGGUCUCUCUUGCACCUUUUCUUUUCCUUCAUCAUUAAGGACUCCUCUUAUAAUUGAAGUCAGUCCGCCUCCAAAGAAGGAAUAAAUUGUAAAUAAAUAAGACAUUUAGAUGUAUGCAAAUUCUUAUAAAAACUCACUUUUUAUUUCUAAACAUGAUGGUUUGCCGAUUUGUCUUUCUUACAUUUAACAUCUACCUGUGAUAUUGUGAUUUUUGGCACAUGCAUAUGCAUCAACAAAUGGUUUACAACUUUUACCUGAGGUUAGCUAACCCCUGAGGGACGAGGAAAUACUUUUACCUCUGUCACAAUAUGUUCAAUACUUAAAUGUAUGUAUUACCUAAUAUUGUAGUUUAACCCAAAUAAAUUUCGUUGCAAAAUGAACAAUAACUUUUUA